GCAGCAGCAACAGCAACAGCAACAGCAGCAGCAACAUGCCUCUCAAUCCCAGAGCCGAUCCCAACCAGCGGCGAGCAGCAUGUCCUCCGGAGUGAGCCAACCGGUGGGCAGCAUCACCGUUUCCACGGCGGGAUCGACGGCGAGUCACAGCGGCAGCAGUGGCAAUGUUUCCGCCGGAACGGGCUUGGGAAACACCGGAUCCGCCAGCACGGAGGCCUACCAUCCUCAGGUGGAGGCCAUUUCGCCCACGCUGCCCAGCGAUAGUUCGAUCGAGGAGCGUGGACGGACCAGCGCCAAGGAGGACCUGCUCAUGCAGAUCCAGAAGGUGGACAACGAGAUCAAGUCUGCCGAGACGACAAUGGAGACGCUGCGCAAGAAGGAGAAAACGCUGAUGGAGGAGGCCGCCCUGGCCAAGGAGCAGAAGGCCGCCAAGGAGGUGAGCGACAACAACAACGAUCAGCCAGAGGAGGUGGUCGAACUGGCCUGGCGCAGUCAAAUGCUGGCCGAGAAGAUCUAUGCGGCCAAUCGGAAAACGGCCCAAGCGCAACAUUCCAUGCUGCAAAAUGCAGCGGCCGAAGAAUCCUCACCAGGAUCCGUGGCCGGACGUCCCUGGUUGCCGCUGUACAAUCAGCCCCUCGAUGUGGAGGCCCUCACCGUAUUGAUACGUCAGCAUCAGAGUCAAGUGCGUGCACCCCUGCUACUGCACAUCCGGAAACUGAAGGCCGAGCGUUGGGUGUACAACCAGGGAUUGGUGGAAAAAUACCUCAAGGACCAGGCCGAUUGGCAGCGCCGUUGCGAGCGCAUGGAGGCGAGUGCCAAGCGGAAAGCACGAGAGGCCAAGAAUCGUGAGUUCUUCGAGAAGGUCUUCACGGAGCUGCGGAAACAGCGUGAGGAUAAGGAGCGCUUCAAUCGCGUUGGAUCGCGCAUUAAAUCCGAAGCGGAUCUGGAGGAGAUCAUGGAUGGGUUGCAGGAACAGGCCCUGGAGGACAAGAAGAUGCGAUCGUAUGCGGUGAUACCGCCACUGAUGCACGAUGCCCGCCAGCGGCGUUGCGCCUAUCACAACGAAAACGGACGCAUCGAGGAUAUGGUGGCAGUGCAUCAGCAGCGUAAGGCCCUCAAUAUGUGGACGGCUGGGGAGAAGGAGACCUUCAAGGAGAAGUAUUUGCAGCAUCCGAAGAACUUUGGCGCCAUUGCAGCCAGUUUGGAUCGCAAAUCGCCUCAGGACUGCGUACGCUACUACUACCUCAGCAAGAAGACCGAGAAUUACAAGCAGUUGUUGCGCAAAUCCCGCCAGCGGACGCGUAGCUCGCGUAAUCCUGCCAAGGCCCAGGCUGCUCAGCCGCAGUGCAUCAUUGAUUCGAUGACCACGGGCGUGAUGACGCGUCUGCAGCGUGAACAGCAGCAAAAGUCCGGUGGUCGUUCAUCUGCCGUUGCGGAACGUGAGCGUGCCGAACGGGCGGCAGAGCGGGAACGUGUGGCGGAGAAAGCGGCAGCGGAUGCGGCCAAAGCGGCUGAAAGUGCUGCCGAGAAGGCCAGUGCCGCCACCAAGGCCGUUGAGGCAACGGCUGCCGGUGAAAAGGUGGCCAAAGCAGCUGCAGCAGCAGCGGCGGCGGCUUCAACGGCAUCAACAUCAUCUACGGGAGCAGCAACAUCGGCAAGUUCAGCGACAGGAGCAACGGAUAAGACGGAAGCCGGCAAGACGAGUAGUGCGAGUGCCAGCGAAAAGAAUUCGGCGGCGGCGGCAGCAACAGCUGGUACUCCGGCAGCAGCAGCAGCAGCAGCAGCAACACCUGCGGCAACAGCAGCAGCAGCAACAGCAGGAGCUGCUCCACCAGAGAUCUCAGCGGGCGGCGAGGCCAAGAGCAAAGCCGGCGACGAGGAGGCGGCAGCAGCAACAGCCGGAGCAGCCACUGUGGCCACAGCCGGCACACCGGCCACUGGAGCAAGUGCGGCCAGUGCGGGCGAGGCGACAACGGCGACGGGAGCCACGGCCACAGCCUCGGCCAAGGGAGCCGGCAAACCGGAGACGGCCACCGAGCCAGCGGGCACGGCUGCCAAGGGAGCGGAUUCGCGGGCGGAAGCCAACGAUCCGCUGGGCAAAACAGGUCCAAAAGCUAUCAACGCCGAGGGCUAUAAUGCCACUGGUGGCAACACCGCUAGCAACGCUACUCCAGCCGCUGCCCCGGCACAGGGCGUAACCCUGAAUGGCUUUAAGCCGGGCUACCAGACUGUGGUCAUGGCCAAUGUGAAGGCCAGUGCUGAGGAUUCGGCGAGCGGAGGAGCUGCUCCGACGACGAAUGCGGCCGGAACAGGGCAGGGAGGCGAUAAAAUCGCCAAGCAAACACCGCCAUCCAGGGCUCCGAAUUCCACAUCCUCGACGGCGGCGGGUGAAAGUGGAGCUGGAGUGCCCACUUUUGCCCACACCGCCACCACGGCGGGCAACUAUCUGGGCCAGAAGCUAAAGGCGGCCCAGGUCGAGGGAUUGGGAGCUGGCAAUGAUCUGCACUCGGAUGUUAGUGAAUCCAAGAGGAAACGCUUCGAACUGAAUUCUGGUGAGGCGACUGGAAAUGCAACAUCUGCGAAUGCCAAUAGCAACACCAGCGGCAACAUGAACAUGAGCAACAGCCAUGGCCAUGGCCACGGGCACGGCCUGAAGGCCAAUGCCAAGGAUGGCUCGAUGGCCAAGACAUCGCUGCCAUCGGCAUCAUCGGCAUCGGUUGUCACAUCCACGCCAUCGGCAUCCUCCUCUGGCUCCAUGCUGCUGAUCAGUGCCGCCUCCAUCAUGUCCACCGCAGCGGGAGCCACAUCCUCGAGCACGGCAACCACCACGGCCACGGCUCCAUCGAUCUCCAUGCCCCCACUGUUGGCAGAUGGGAGCGCCAAUUCGAUGGUCAACGCUUCCGAGGUCCUCGCCCUCGAUGGCAAAGACAAACUGGCCAGCUGCUUUGUGUGCAAGGCGGAGGCGUGUCCGCGCACCCGACCGCUGAAGAAGGGGCGUGGCCAGCAGUACGGCAUUCCCGACGAGACGAUUCCGGCCGGAGCCCGCGUCUGCAACAGCUGCCAAUGCAAAUCGGUGCGCAGCCGCUAUCCGAACUGCCCGCUGCCCACGUGCCCCAAUCCCAAGGAUCGGGCCCAGCGUCUGCGGAACAUUCCCUCCCGCCUCUUCGAACUGGCGCCCGACAUUCGCGAUCCGGUGAUGGCCGAAUUCCAGAUACCCCCGCAUGCCACCCGCUGCUGCUCGGCCUGCCUGAUGCGCAUUCGCCGCAAGCUGGAUCCGCAGCUGAAUCUCACGGAUGGCUCCGGUGGCGGAGCCGGAAGCGGAAGUUGUGGCGAUGAGACGGAUGUCAGUACCUCGUCGUGUGACGAACGGGAGCCGGGUGGUUCGGAUACGGCAUCGGUGGAGAGUCCAGAGAAUCUACAGCGCCACAAAUCCCUCACCUUGGUCAAACAGCAGCAGCAGCAACAGCAACAGCAGCUGCAGCAGCAACAACAGCAGCAGCAGCAGCAGCAACAUCAGCAACUAUCGCAGCCCCAGCCACCGCCAGCUCCGCAACAGAAGGCCACAUCGACUCCUCGAGGAGGAGGCGACAACAGCACGCCAUUGAUUAUCACACCACGGAUGAGCGGCAAGGCGGGAUCGGCGGGCGUGGCUGCGCCGGCGGGUGACAAUGAUCGCCUGUUGCCCCCCGCCGCCGGGCAGGCACCCAAGAAACAGAAGACCAGCGAGGAGUACGACUCCUCGGCCACGGAAACGGCGGAUGAGGAGAACGAGAACUCGCCGGCCAAUCGCCAGAGUCCCAAGGUCCUGUUCCAUGGCCAUGGCGGUGGUGGACAUGGGCAUGUGGGACAUGCCAAUAAUGUGGCCGGACUGCAGCCGCCGGUGGGCAAUAUGGUGGCGGGAGGAAUGCCACCGGGUGGAGCACCACCUGGUCAGCAGGUCAACGGACCGAUGGGCAUGCGACGCGAGGCGGUCAACAAUGUGCAGGAUUGCGUAUUCUCGGUGAUUGAGCGUUCGCUGAAGCACAAGGGUCCGCAGCCCAAGGGCGGACAAGGAGGUCAGCAGCAGCAGGGUCAGCAGCAGGGUCAGGGGCAGGCUCAAGGACAAAGCCAAUCCCCAUCCCAGCAGCAGCAACAGCAACAGCAGCAGCAGCAACAACAAUCUGCCAAUAAUCUGGAACGCAAGGAGCUGACCAUUGUGCGGGAAUAUCGCCAGGAUCCGAAUAUCCUAAAGCAGCAGUCCGGCGGAGCACCGCCGCCCACCUCGGGAGCAAGUGGCCUGCCCCAUGGCACCUCCGUGCAGAAGCUACCAUCCCGGCCAGCUGCAGUGCCGCCACCGCCACCGGCUCAUCCGCUGCCACCGACAAGCAGUAGCAACAAUGGAACCAGCGAUAGUCUGGCCACCCUAUCGGUGGUCAACUCUCACCUGGGUGUGGUGGGUCAACUGGGUCAUCCUGGGCUCAUGGCCCAUGCCACAGCCGCCGGUGGAGUAGGUGGAGUGGACAAGGCCACCAUAACGCCGGUGGUAAAGAGCUCCAGUGGUGGAUCAUCGAAGAGCGGUGGCGGUUCGUCAGCCCAUUCGACACCCACGCCGCCGGAGACCAUCAUAUACAAUGUGCCAACGGCGCAUCCGCAACGUGGCAUUCCACCGCCGCCGCAGCACUCGGUGCAUCCUGCUCAUCCGUCGCAUGCCCAGCAUCCGGCUCAUCCGCAGCAUCCGUCGCUGGCGCAGCAUCCGCAGCACUCGCAGCUGCAAGUGCCGGAACCGGAGCCACAGACCCUCGAUCUGAGCAUCAAGAAGCCACCGCGCGAUGGCCACUCACCGCACACGGGAGCCGGCGGAUCAUCCGGUGGCUCUGGAGCCGGAGGACCAUCCUCCUCUUCGGAUCGCCAUCAUGGCCCGCCGCCGCCAACGAUGUCGAUGAAGCAUAUUGUCCGCUCAACGGGCAUGUAUCGUGGCGAUACCGUCACCGUUCCCUCGCUGGCGGCGCCCAGUUCGUAUCUGUAUCCCACACCGCCGCACGGACUGCUCAAGGUGCCCGGUGUGAUGCCAGGCCUGCCUGGCUUGCCCGGCAGCACUCUGUACGUGCAACCUGGCUCAGGUCCCGUGCCCAUUUCCAUUUCCGGCCAGGGUCAAUUGCCGCCGAGAGCUGGACAACCGCCACCGGCACAACCGCCCUCCAGCCGAGGUGUGUCCAAGGCGCCGCCCAAGCUGAGUCCCCACCACCUGCAUCCCAGCCACGGACACUCGCCAUCGCAGCAGCAGCAACAGCAACAACAGCAGCAGCAACAGCAACAGCAGCAGCAACAACAGCAGCAACAGGCGGCUGCACAGCAGCAAUUGCUGGUGAAGAGCGGUUCCAUCACCCAUGGAACACCGGCCAAUGCGGCCCAGCAACAAAUACAGAUCGUACAUGCGGCAGCGGCGGCAGCAGCAGCAGCUGCAGCCUCAUCCUCCUCGUUGCUGAGUCCCAAGUUCGAUGGCCUGGUCAGGCAGACGACGCCCGAGGGUGUGGGUGCCGGAGGACCCGGUGGCCCAGGUGGCAGCGGCAAACAUGGUUCGAUAACGCAAGGCACACCCCUGCACCUGCCGCCGCAUCAUUUGGAGAGCAAGCGGGCCUACGAGAGCUAUUACAAGAGCUCGCAACGUCACAGUCCCGCCCAGCAGCCAGGUGGUAAUCAGCAAUUGCCGCCGCCACCGCAGCAAUCAUCGCCGCAGGCACCACCACCGCAGGGCUAUGGAGUGGGUGUGAGUUCGCCCUAUGCCCGAUCGCCAUUCAGCGGCGUUGUGGAGCAGGCCCCAGUGCUGAGCACGCGGCAGAUCGUGAUGCACGACUACAUCACCUCGCAGCAGAUGCAGGGCCAGCAGCAGCAGCAACAGCAGCAGCAGCAGCGCAACAUGUCGCGCGGCAGCAGUGCCAGCGGCGGCGGCGGAGGCGGUGGCUCCGACAAGGAGUCGCCCUCGCCGCGGAACAGCGUGGGCAGCGCCGGGGGAUUCGCCUACGGCGGGGACAAGGAGUCGGCGCCCAGGGGAAGGCCGGAGUACUCCAGUCGUGCGUCGCCGGCAGAUCAUGCCAACAGCACUCCAAGUCCGCAUCGCACGCCGCCGCCGCAACGACAGGGGGUAAUCCAGCGGCACAACACGGGCUCCAAACCCCCAUCCCCGGCAGCUCCGCCUCCAAGGAGCAUGCACAUUGUGUCCCCCUAUCAAUAUGCUCCAAGUGGUCACGAUGCCCUAGCCUCCUUUGUGGACGUGGCCGUGCAGCAGCCCCAGUUGCCGGUGCCGUCGCAAAAGGAUGACAAGUCACCGGGCGCCGCUCCUCCGCCGGGACAAAUACCAGGACCUGGACCCGGUCCGGCACCGCUGCCACCACAUGCUGUGGUUGGCGUGGCCCAGCCACCGCCGCCAACUGCUCACCACGAUCAGCGCUACCGCGAUCUCGCCUUGCAGCACCAUCAUCACACCCUGGUGCAGCAGCAGAUUGCCCAACAGCAGCACUAUCGCAGCCUCAAUGUGGCCGCCCAGGUGGACAUGCAGCGGCACAUGGACAAUGCCAAGCGUGUGAUGCGCCACCAGCAGCAUCAGCAGCAGCAGCAGCACAACCAUAACCUCGAGCGGGACAGGGAGAUGCUGCAGAAUCAGGAGCGGAUGCGCGAACGUGAUCGCGAGCAGCGGGAAAGGGAGCGGGAACGAGAGCAGCGCGAACGGGAGCGGGAACGGGAGCGGGAGCGAGAGCAGCGUGAACGUGACCGUGAGCGGGAACGGGAGCGAGAAAGGGAACGAGAGCGGCGGGAACAGGAUCGGGAGCGACGGGUGGUGGCCGAGGAGCGGGAGCGGGACAGUCGUCGCAUGGAGCGCAUGUUCGCCGGCGGUGUGGUGAACGCGCCAGGCGGCGCCGGCGGCGGAGGACCUUCGCCCGGCCAAUUCAUGCGGGCCUCCGUCCCAGAGACGGGUCCACCACGCUCGAUCCCAGAUCGCGAACGAGACGCGUACUAUCGUCAGGCACACGGCGGUCCAGCGCCAGAGGAUACGCCCGGACAACUGAGUGCCCAGAGUCUCAUAGACGCCAUCAUCAAGCACGAGAUCAAUCGCACCAACGACGCAACCGCAGGUCCGAGUCGCGAGUUCCCGCGCCCCACCUUCGUCCACGCUCCGCUGCCGCCACGCGGCUCGGGAUCGGGCGGCGGUGCCGGCACCCGAUCCUCGCCAGCCAAUGUCCUCCAUCAGAUGUAUGUGCGCGAUCAUCGCCAGCCGCACGAGGGCGGAGCAGUCUCUCUACUGACGGCGGAGAACAAUGGCAAGCCCAGCUCAUCGGGAUCGCCCAGUGUGAUCAACAUUGAUUUGGAUCAGGAGCGAAUCUCGGCGGCAGCCGCAGCAGUUGCCCAACAGCAGCAACAACAGCAGCAGCAGCAACAGCAAUCUCAGCCACCACCAUCGCAAUCGUCGCAAUCGAGAUCCGUGCAUGGUCAGCUGAGAACUCCGACCUCCCAGGCUGGCGGCUCAGCUCCGAGUCCCCAGCAGAUUCAUACCAAGAGCAUUACCUUUGGCGAGCUAACUGAUUCGAUCAUAACCAACGACUACGUGACCAAUCCCCAUCUGCGUCCCACGCCACCCUUUAUGGCCUAUCUGCAGGAGACGCAGUCCAUCCUGCCGCCGGAUCGUUGGAAGCAGAAUCGUCGCAUGCAGCAGAAGGCGGAGGAAGCCAAGCAUCUUUCGCAGCAGCAGCAGCAACAUGUCCAGCAGCAGCAGCAGCAACAUCACGCCCAGCAGCAGCAGCAACAGCAGCAGCAACACCAUGCCCAGCAGCAUCAUCCACCACCAGCGCCCGGCGGUGGAGGUCAGGGCGGAGCUCCGGGCGGUCCGGGCAGCGGAGGAAGUGGCGCCGGCAGGUCCAACACGCCCGGCGAGGAUGGACGCAACAUUAUCCGAAUGCCGCAGGCGGUCAGUCCGCGAAAGUAUAGCCAUGACCUGAUGCUGCACCAUGUGAUGGGAGCUGCGGCGCCGGGUGGCGAGCCGGGACAGUUCUACAUACCCAGCCGCGUUGUGCUGCCGGAGCAGAGGGGAGCGCCCGGCGGUGGCAGUGGACCACCCGGCGGCGGAGGACCCGGAUCGGGCGGCGGUUCCACCACCAUUGACAAUUAUGUUAAGACUCGCAUCGCCGAGGUGAUGCGCGAUGAUAUUAGCUAUGGAAAGAACCGAACUGUGGAGGUGCGUUCGGAUGAUGAAGUGACCGCCGAUAUGGUGGCUCAUUCGCAUGCCGCCCAUGCCGCCCAUGUGGCGCACGUGGCCCAUGUGGCCCAUGCCGCUGCCAUGGAGCUGCAGCACCGCAGCAAGGAGCCGCCGCCGCCGCCAGAGAUCAGUGUGUCGCGCAAGACGCCCAACCAGUACGAGGUAGUUGAUGCCAGUGGACGGCGCUCGGCGGGCUCUGUCUCGGUCACGGUGUCGGGAGCCAACAGUCACCACUCGCCGUAUCAUCCGCCGGCCGGAGCCUAUGCUCCCAGCACCUAUGCCUUCCCCUAUAGCGCAUUGACUGUGCCCAGUGCAGCCGGAGGAUUGCCACCACCGCAGCCGCUGCAGCUGGCGCACCAGGCAGUUCCGCCACCAGGCCAUCUGAGUGCCAAGGCCAAGGCGGCGCAUGCGCUUAGUGAGCUGGGAGCAGUCGGCGGUGGGGUGUCCCUGGUGGUGGGCGGUGGAUCCGGCGGUAUGGCAGGCGGACCAGGUGGUGUCUCGGUCGGAGGAGGUGGCCCCGGUGGCGGCGGUGGACCAGGAGGCGGCGGUGGCGGCAGCGUUGCCCAGUCGAUCCAACAUCCGUCGUCGGCGGCAGCUGCUGUGGUGGCCGCUGCAGCAGCGGCGGCGGCGGCCAGCGAAUCGAAGCCACUGCUGCUGUCCAAGUACGAUGCCCUUAGCGACGAAGAUUAGUUGUGACUGCCGGCGUCGUCCUCGGCGUCGGCGUCGCACCUGCGGCCAGCAGCAAUAGCAGUAGCAGCAGCAGCACUACCGCCCGGCAG